UCGGGGCGUGGCGGGAGCAGCCCCCCCCACCCCCGCCGCUGUUGCGCGCCGGGCAGCCCCAGUUCAGUGCGCUGUGGCAGCGGGGGUGGCGGGAGCAGCUGGCGCCGUGUGGUCCGCUCCGGCGGGGGGGACUCACCGGUGGGCGACCGGCCACUGGGACAGUGGAGACCCUGGAAGAGCGGGCUGAGAGCCGGAGUCGCGCGUGGUGAGCUGGGCUCUAGCGGCCGCCAGUCUCCACAGCGGCGCCCUCCCACCGGCGCCGGAGCCGGGCGUGGGGGAUUGCAGCAUGCCCGCGCGUGCCGCUUGAGGACCCCACGGCCCGCGCUCUGGAGCCAUGGUAGUCCCGGCCUGCGUGCUAGUGUUCUGCGUGGCGGUCGUGGCUGGAGGUACUUCCGAGCCUCCGGGUCCAGAGCAGCGAGUUGUGCGUAGGGUGGCAGAGGUUCUAGGGCCUGAACCUAGCCAGCAGGAGCAAGUGGCCUUUGGCAGUGGGGACACCGUGGAGUUAAGCUGCCAUCCCCCUGGAGGUGCCCCCACAGGCCCCACUGUCUGGGCUAAGGAUGGUGCAGGGCUGGUGGCCUCUCACCGAAUCCUGGUGGGACCUCAGAGGCUUCAAGUGCUAAAUGCCUCCCAUGAGGAUGCAGGGGUCUACAGCUGCCAGCAGCGGCUCACCCGGCGUGUACUGUGCCACUUCAGUGUGCGGGUGACGGAUGCUCCAUCCUCAGGAGAUGAUGAAGAUGGGGAGGAUGUGGCUGAAGACACAGGGGCUCCUUAUUGGACUCGACCAGAGCGUAUGGAUAAGAAACUGCUGGCUGUGCCAGCUGCAAACACUGUCCGCUUCCGCUGCCCAGCUGCUGGCAACCCUACCCCCUCCAUCUCCUGGCUGAAGAACGGCAAAGAAUUCCGAGGGGAGCAUCGCAUUGGGGGCAUCAAGCUUCGGCACCAGCAGUGGAGCUUGGUCAUGGAAAGUGUGGUGCCCUCUGAUCGUGGCAACUAUACCUGUGUGGUUGAGAACAAGUUUGGCAGCAUCCGGCAGACGUACACCUUGGAUGUGCUGGAGCGCUCCCCACACCGGCCCAUCCUGCAGGCUGGGCUGCCAGCCAACCAGACAGCCAUUCUGGGCAGUGAUGUGGAGUUCCACUGCAAGGUGUACAGUGAUGCCCAGCCACACAUCCAGUGGCUGAAGCAUGUGGAAGUGAAUGGCAGCAAGGUGGGCCCUGAUGGCACACCCUACGUCACUGUGCUCAAGACUGCAGGCGCUAACACCACCGACAAGGAGCUAGAGGUUCUGUCCUUGCACAAUGUCACCUUUGAGGAUGCGGGGGAGUACACCUGCCUGGCGGGCAAUUCUAUCGGGUUUUCCCAUCACUCUGCGUGGUUGGUGGUGCUGCCAGCUGAGGAGGAGCUGAUGGAAGCUGAUGAGGCUGGCAGCGUGUAUGCAGGUGUCCUCAGCUACGGGGUGGGCUUCUUCCUCUUCAUCCUGGUGGUGGCGGCUGUGACACUGUGCCGCCUGCACAGUCCCCCAAAGAAGGGCCUGGACUCUCCCACUGUGCACAAGGUCUCUCGCUUCCCGCUUAAGCGACAGCAGGUGUCCUUGGAAUCUAACUCCUCUAUGAACUCCAACACACCCCUCGUCCGGAUUGCCCGGCUGUCCUCAGGAGAAGGUCCUGUUCUGGCCAACGUUUCUGAACUUGAGCUGCCUGCUGACCCCAAGUGGGAGCUAUCCAGGACACGGCUGACACUCGGCAAGCCUCUCGGAGAGGGCUGCUUUGGACAGGUUGUCAUGGCAGAAGCUAUUGGCAUUGACAAGGACCACACUGCCAAGCCUGUCACCGUGGCAGUGAAGAUGCUGAAAGAUGAUGCCACUGACAAGGACCUGUCGGACCUGGUGUCUGAGAUGGAGAUGAUGAAAAUGAUCGGGAAGCACAAGAACAUCAUUAACCUGUUGGGGGCGUGCACACAGGGUGGGCCCUUGUAUGUGCUGGUGGAGUAUGCAGCCAAGGGCAAUCUACGAGAGUUCCUACGGGCGCGGCGGCCUCCGGGCAUGGACUACUCCUUUGAUGCCUGCAGGCUGCCAGAAGAACAGCUUACCUGCAAGGAUCUAGUGUCCUGUGCCUACCAGGUGGCACGGGGGAUGGAAUACUUGGCUUCCCAGAAGUGUAUUCACAGAGACUUGGCUGCCAGAAACGUCCUGGUGACUGAGGACAAUGUGAUGAAGAUCGCAGACUUUGGCCUGGCGCGAGAUGUGCACAACCUGGAUUACUACAAGAAGACCACAAAUGGCCGGCUACCUGUGAAGUGGAUGGCACCAGAGGCCCUUUUUGACCGAGUCUACACCCACCAGAGUGAUGUCUGGUCCUUUGGUGUCCUUCUCUGGGAGAUCUUUACGCUGGGGGGCUCGCCGUAUCCUGGCAUCCCAGUGGAAGAGCUUUUCAAGCUAUUGAAAGAGGGCCACCGCAUGGACAAGCCAGCCAACUGCACACAUGACCUGUACAUGAUUAUGAGGGAAUGUUGGCAUGCAGUGCCUUCACAGAGGCCCACCUUCAAGCAGUUGGUAGAGGAUUUAGACCGCAUCCUCACUGUGACAUCAACUGACGAGUAUUUGGACCUCUCUGUGCCAUUUGAGCAGUACUCGCCAGGUGGCCAGGAUACUCCUAGCUCCAGCUCGUCCGGGGAUGACUCUGUAUUCACUCAUGACCUGCUACCCCCAGGCCCACCCAGUAAUGGGGGACCUCGGACGUGAAGGGCCAACAGUCCCACAGACCAAGCCCCAGCCAAUGUUUACGCGGACCCUAGCCCGCCCUGCUACUGCUGGUGUGCAGUGGACUCUAGCCAGCCCAGUGUGAUGGGCCAACAAUAGACAAGACUUCUGCGUGUUUAUCCUUGGCUCCUGGGUGCAGAGGCCCCUUGGGAACAUGCACUGCUGUAUAGUGAUCUCCUGACUGGCCAAGAGCACCAAAUGAGAAUGUAAGAGGGGACCACCCUGUGCAACCCUGGGGUUCUGGCUCCCUCAUUCCCCGCUGUUACCUUACAGGGACCAUUGUAGAGAGGGCCAGACUCCAUGUCCAGAGUGGGCCUUGGCCUUUUUGGUGCCCAAAGCUGAGCCUGAAGGGAGGCUCUGCUCUAUGUGGCAAGCCUCUCUCCUAUGUGGCACCUUGUGCCUGGGGGUGAGUCAUAGCUAGACACCUCCAGGCUGCUUCCCAUCCUGUCCCUCAGAGACAAAUUACGGGUACCUGAAGGGGGGGCCAUAACGUCUAUCAGAAAGGUUUAUUCCAGAGGAAAAUGUACAUUUAUAUAAAUAGAUGUGUAUGAUAUAUAUACAUACAUAUAUAUAAGAAUAUCUAUAUGGAAAAAGGCAAAGCUGAGGCCCAAGUGAGCAAGGUAUUCCAUGGGGCUCACUAGUAAAAUGGCAAGAGCAGGCUGAGAAGCAAGGGGCUUUUCUGGCACCGCAGUUUUGUUUGUACCUGGACCUGUAUAUUUGUAAAGCUAUUUAUCAACCCUCAGAGCUCCAGUCCCCGACCCCAGGUUCAUAGCAUUUAGUCCCAUGGUAUUGCAGAAAUUUUAAGUUGUAACUUAUUAACAGCUGAAGAUGUUUAUGCUGAAUUUAGGGAGUUGCUGAGAGCGUGCAUCUGGCUUCCACCAAGGCUGGACCGUGGCCCCCUUGGUGCUUGAGUAGCUCCUAGUUAGAGCUGGCUCCAGCAAGCAUUUUUUGUUGCCUUUGGCCCUCUUUUGUGGGGGAUUAGAUUUAUAUAGGAACUUUCUUUAGGAGAUUUUAAAAAAUUUCAAGGUGAACUGGUAUUUUUCAUACAGAUUAUUCUAAUUGCUAUGUAUUCCAGGCAGGAGCCUGUGCCCAGGGAGGGGUUGGCCCUGCAAGAAGGUUCAGAUGUUAAUAGAUAUGUUACAAGUUUAUCUAUCUAUAAUUUAUUGAGUUUUUACAAGUUGUUUUGCUGUAGGCUUAACACUUCCUAUACAAUGCUUCUAGACUUUUAUAGCCUAGACUGCUACCAUUCAAAGUUUGGGAGACAGUGGUGAAUGCAGUUUUGUUACUUUUUGUACUGUUACUGGGCCCUAGGCUUGGGUGGCUGGCUGUCCCUUGCCUGUCAGCCAGCAGGGUCAGGACAGUGGCUCAGGGUGAUUUUCUUAGGGCCUAGGACAUGGUUUGUCAGCCCACACUGGCAGAUGUGGUUUUGUUAACACAGCCAACUUACUUUCCAAAAAAUAAAGAUAACUGGUUCUGAUUUCCGUGAA